UUUCGAUCUAACGUCACUUCAAACACUAAAAUCGAAUCUUUGACGAUGUGCGCGGACGAAGACCCCCUUGCUGUUGAUGAGCAUCCGGCUCAGGACGACACUGAUGCUGACUCCGCCAUUGGAGACGACAAUGCUAGUGAUACUACGUCGCUAAGAUCGAGUAUUUUAAGAUAUCGUGAGGAAAACGGCAGGACUUAUCAUGCUUACAAGGACGGAGCUUAUGCACUUCCUAAUGACGAGAUUGAGAACGAACGACUAGAUCUUCAGCAUCACCUUUUUCUGCUCACUUUCGACGAAAGACUGCACGCAGCUCCUUUACCUAAGACCCUCAAUCGUGCAUUUGAUGCAGGCUGUGGCACUGGAAUCUGGGCCAUCGAGUUUGCUGAUGAGCAUCCCGAAUGCGAGGUCAUCGGCGUCGACUUGAGUCCGAUUCAACCUUCAGCCAUUCCACCCAACGCUUCCUUUUACGUUGACGAUCUCGAGGAACCAUGGGACUACUCCAACAAGUUCGACUUUGUUUUUGCCCGCUUCCUUACAGGCUCUAUCCUUAACUGGCCCAAGUUCUUCAGCGAAAGCUACAAGAACCUGAAUCCUGGAGGCAGAAUAGAGAUGAUCGACAUCAUCUACCCUCUCCUCUCGGACGAUGACACCCUUAAAAAAGACUCAGCCCUAUCCAAGUGGUCAGAGCUUCUUCACGACAUCUUCACCAAGAACGGUCGUGGCAUGGAUAGCGCGCUAAAGUACAAGGACCAACUCGAAGAAGCUGGUUUUGUUGAUGUAAAUAUAGUCAAGCGCAAGUGGCCUUUAAAUCGAUGGCCUAAAGAUCCCAAGCAUAAGCAGAUUGGUACCUGGGCCCAACAGAACACGUUGGAUGCUCUAGCAGCUUUGAGUCUCGCUGUCUUCACACGCCCUGAUGGUCAGGGCGGACUUGGCUGGAGUAAAGAAGAAGUUGAGGUUUUCCUGACUGAUGUUCGGAAGGAUAUUAAGAAUGUCAAUAUUCAUUCAUACUGGCCAAUUUGGUCGGUUUAUGCCACAAAGCCUGAAUAAGCCACUAGCUAGAGUAGGCAGUUUUACAUAUUCCCAGGAAGGUUUUACACGAUUCGAAAUCCAAUGACAUGACUUGAGGCGGAACCGAUAAAAAUCGUGGCAGGGUCUCGACUGACCCAACCUUUGAAGCUUCCAUCAGUCGGCCUGUACUGUGGAGGCACCCAUAAGAGGUUCUCAGACCCUUGCGCGAUCCAAUCUCCAUUAUAUCUAAGUCCAAUACUGC